UGAAUAAUAUGCUGGAAACCCAGUAUAUGACAAGCAGAGCUGCAUAUUUCUCCUUCUAUUCCUCACCUGAUGCCCUUUAAUGUGCAGCUGUAUGUUUGACAGGUGCUGCUUGGGACUAAAUCGCUCGCCCAUUUAAUUCCCACUUCCUGGACUACAACAACCAUGGCAGAAGAUAAAACGUUUCGCUAUGGACUAAUUAUCCUGGGUUUCUUUUUGGUGAUGAUCGGCAUGUUCAUUAUGAGUGUAGAUAAGCCCCAUGUGUACAUUACAUUUUGCUCUAUUGGGGUCCUUAUGAUCUGUAUUGGAAUCACUUGGAGUAUCUGUCAGUGUUACCCAAAGAUAACCUUUACUCCAAUUGAUAUGGAAGAUGAUUCCUUAACAGAGAAGUCUCCGGUGCUCAAAAACGACUCUAUCCCUGAGAAGCAAUGUUCUAGUACUCAAUAUACUAGCAGUAAAGAAGCUGAACUCUAUGAAAUUGGCUUACCAUCCUAUGAACAGAUUCAUAUAAAGGUGGAAGAACCUGGUGAGGGGAAAGAUGUUCAGUCAGUUCCUACUCUGCUGCAGCCCUUGUUCUUAGACUGUUCCCAAAGGACUUUGCAGGCCAAGAUUGAAAUACACAGAAAUGGGGACAAUGAUGGCCAGAGAACAGCUGGGACUGAUGAUUUAGCCUGCCUACUUGACUACAAUAAAGAUGCCCCACUUGCUUCACUGAAUGAAGAGGAAGAAAUCAAUACAACAUCUUGUGAAUCAGAUGCAAGAAGUAGCCAUGGUUCUCUGAAUGCCUGUGAUACAUGGUCAUUUAAACAGAAAGCUUGUGAAAAAACAGCCUCUUUGGAAGGAAUUGCACAUAUAGAUUCACCGUUAAAUGAUGAAAUAAGUUUACAUUUUGAAAAUGAAGAUGUUUCUCCUCCAGACCCGAAGAGAAAUACUGAUACUGAAGAUCAAUCAGUACAAGCACUUUGUAUCCCUGAUCAGGAAUCAGAAGGGGAUGACUUGUAUUAUGGACUGAAAGAUGAUUUGGACCACUUAGUGAUUGCGGAUGAAUCAGACUUUGAUUAAUAAUAGAAACAUACUGACAAUUACUAUUUGCUUUACAACAAACAAAAAAAUUAUUUUAUAUUGAAACAUAGGGAUGAAUCGGUAAUCGUUAGGCUACAAAGGUUGAGAGAUCUGAGUUAAAAGGAGAUUAACAUGUUGUUCAGUAUUUCUGGUAGAAUAUUCCCCACUUUUUGCCUUCAAAUUCUGUUACUGCCAGUACAAUAUAUUGAUGUUGUAAAUAUUGCAUUUUAAUUCCAAAAAAGUGCUUAAUUGUAGAAGCAUAAUAUUUUUUGAGGCCAACAGAUCUGCCCAAGGUCUAUCAAGUUCCAGGACAACACAUUACUCCAAUAUGAUCAUGAUUACAGUUUUGUUCUAAAUAUAACAAAGUGUAUGAGCAGAGCUGCAGGGGUUGUCAUCUCUAAAGUUGAUUUUCAGGCAGUCACAAUACUAUUUCCUGUCCUAUGUUCCUUUCCUGGUUACUGGCGAAAUACCCCCAAAAUGUAUUAUUCUGACUGGUAUUCCAUAAUUGUAAGACUGUACAGCACCAUGACUGUAGUGUGUACACUUUAGGACAUUCUUGGGUUUAACAUUCUUUCUACUUCCACUCUAAGUCUGUUAAUUGAGGCCUUAAGGGUGAUAAGUGAUCUAAAGGAGAAUAGUCAGAUAAGUGAAAAUGACAGUGUGGUGAUGAUACAGCGCUGCACAUUAUGUUGGCACUCUAAAAAUACAUGACAAUAAUAAUAAUAAUGUACAGUCCAGAUAGGAAGCUGUUUAGUUCACACCAUGAGCCAUAAGCCCUU